AAAACCAAGAGAUUUUAGAGUUAGAACCUGACCAUUUAGGGAAUUGUUUACUACAUGCUGAUACUCUUUUUGAGAAAGUAAAAAGAACAAGAGAAGCUGCUCUUGAUGCCAAGUUUGUGUCACUGUGUGCUGUUCUUAGCAAGCAAAAGGCAGAGGCACUUAAUACUAACUUGAUAUCCUUUCAACCCACAGAGUUUGCAGACAAAUUGGAAACAUUUCUAGGAAGAUUAGCAGAGACAGAUAAUGACAUUAUGCAUGAUAGACAAAACGAGUAUAAUCUUAUUAUACCAAAACAUAAAUGGGUUAUGUUUGGCAAAACCAUUAUUACAGUCUUUCAUAAAGCACCAGCAUUUCACUUGAUGUUUGGUUGUUUUGAAAGUGGCCCUGUGAAGUACAAGAAAAGAAUUCACAAUGUUCCAAGAGACGAUAAAGAUGCAGCAUCAACCAACCUUGUUAUGCCUCAAAAUGUAACAGAUAUGGGAAAUUCGUAUCAGGAGACUACAACCCAAGAAGUUGAAAGACUCUUUGCUCUUCUACAAAGGCUUUAUAAUAGAAAUGACAGGCAGCCAGUCUGUUAUUUUCAAUUUGUUGUUAAUCCACAGUCAUUUACUCAGACUGUCGAAAAUAUAUUCCAUGUUUCGUUUUUGAUCAAGGUAAGAAAUAUGUCUGUGUUCUGUGAAAUUGUUAAUAUCUAAAUCAGUUUGUUGUGUUA